AUGGCGGCUGGUGAUGAUGGGAUAGAGUGCUUGUUAGAUGAAUCGCGGCGUGCCACGCAACCAUUUCCUUUCGGAAGAUGGGUGAACACAUGCUGCUCCUUCGAGAUCACCUCCGAGGGCACGUUUGAGCAAAAAGUCGGAGGCGGAGGAGGGGCAAUCCGUGGCCAACUCCACCAGAACGCCUCGGACCCAUGGAGGUGGUUUGCUGCGCUGUCCGGGGGCAGGCAGAUUGAAUUGGAAUUGACGAAGGACUGCCAUUUGAUGGGAGCUUGCACUUCCGGCAAUGGCAAGAUACUUAAAACUCGUUCGAGCCAUGUUGGCAUGCUGGAUCUCAUGCACGAGCGUGCCGCCAAGAAAGCAUGGGAAUCGGCAUUGAAUGGCAUCAUUGAGUGUGCUGUUGGUGAGACCAGCCUUGCAGAUGACACACUCUUGAGAUGCGCACAAGCAAUACAUCAGGUGUUCGAUCUGGUUGAUGGUUUCAACGAACGGUACAAGGUGCACAAAGGUGUUGGCAAUCCGGCCUUUGAAGCAUUCAUGCUGAAUGUUGCAGAGUCCGCAACUGGAGUCAUUCGUGCCUCCAGCCAUUCCGCUCGCCUUGUUCUUUCCACUCACUUCAUCAGGUGCUUGUUUCAGCGCCUAGAGUACAUCAACAAGAGAUUCUACUACACAUUUUGGAAGGAGACCAGUUGCUACAGUGCGAUGAAGCUGUGCCGUGACAACUACAGCCAGAUGCUACGAGCAUCGCAGGGCAAGCUUCAUGCUCACUUGGCGAAUCUGGGAGAACGGAAUCUUGACAUCCUCCUCGAACAGCUUGAGGCACUAGCUGCGCGAGAAGAGGAAGAAGUUAAGGAGCUGCCAUAUGCCCGCAUUCUCGAGAUGGCUGCCGAGAUUUCCACCAGGUUGCACCAAGUGCUCCCACUGACGGACGAAGCGAGCUCCCACUCAACUCCCCACUCCCCACUCAAUUUGGAGUACUUGCUGUGCUCCAGUGCUCAUCAGGCACCAGAUAGAGCAACUUUUCACCUCGAAGUUGCUCCUUACAUGGGUCUGGCUGCGACUAGCGCCUGUGACACAGAGGAAGCUGCCAAACGCUUGGCAGCCCCUUGGACGAUGUAG